AUGAACAUAACAGCAAAUGGAUCAAGUUCCUUGAGCUGCUAUAGUCUGAUAAAUCCGGUAGUAGAAAAACUUGUACAAACAGUUGCCUCUGGUUUGAUACUUGUUGUUUCGCUGGUUGGAAAUUCUCUUAUCUUAUUAAUUGUUUUCAAAACACCAACUUUAAGAAAACCGAUGAAUUUUAUGAUUGUAAACAUGGCCAUAUCGGACCUGUUGUUUACAAUAUUCCUGUUUCCUCUGAGCCUGGUGGAGAUGCAAGCUGACUCUUGGCUUGUUGGUGAUUCCCUUCAUCAGACCUUAUGCAAGAUAAGCUUUUUUCUUUUAAUCGUUUCUGCAACGGUGUCGAUUCAGAGCCUGAUUCUGAUAACAGUGUAUCGAUUUGGAGCUGUUGUAGUGCCAAUCCGUUCCCCACUCAUCAGUAAAAGUUAUGGUCCAUUCUUCAUCAUCGCCACAUGGAUCGUCGCAAUAGCCGCAAACUCGGCUUACUUGUUUUCUCUCAAACCUGUUGUGAAUGAACACCCAGGGGGAAAGGUAAUGUGCACGAUACAAAAAUCAUCGGCGAAUUACUACCUGCUAUCAAAUUUCAUUGCAUUUUUUUACACUCCCUUUGUUUUGUUGACCAUACUUUAUGCUAUCAUCCUGAUCAAGCUCAAGCAACACGCCCAUCCG